GAGUGCGCGAGGCCGAGCCGGGUGGCCGGACCGGGCCUGCUUUGCGGACACCGGGCUCCCCUGCCCGGGACUGGGGCGGCCGGCUCCGUGGGCGCCAAGAGGACAGGGCGGGGCGGGGCGGACGGGCCCCGCGCCUCCGGCACGCCCCGAGGCCGGCUUCUCUGCUCCGUUGCCAGCGCUGGGCCUGUGGCCCUGCCUUGAUUCUGCCCCGGGUUGCUGGGGAGUCACGCAAACAACGUCUGCAUGACGAUUGGCAGGCGGCGGAGAGAGACCCAGGCUGACCCCAGAGCCGGAGCCUGCAGGGAGUGGCCGGGGAGAUGAGUAGGAUUUUCCCAAGCUAGGGAAAGCUGGCGGAGGAGGGCCCUGCUGGAGCGGCUUCCGGUUUGCAGCAGUAGUGUCAUUAAACUUUUAUCUGUUUGGUGUUGCCAGGGUUUAUUCUUGUCCCCGGCUUACAGGUGAAGCAGUUAGGCAUCUUAUGCCCAGAGAUGGUCCAGAAAAGAGCCCAGGCUGUCAUCUGUCUAAUUUUGAUUAAUGAAGAGAGUAAUACGACUUGUUUCACGUGGUUGUGGAGGCUAGCGUCAGUUAGUGCAUUUGAAAGGGCUUAGCGCAGUGCCUGACACCCGGUAAGAACUCACGAAUUGUUACUGUUCUUACCAGUGUUACUGUGACAACGGACCCAGCCUCCUGCUUCUAGUGGAAUGUGAUAAAGUGGUCCUCGGCCUCUGGUCCUCCGUUCCUGCACAUUGCAUUUCACCCCAGAUGGCAGAAUUUCCAUAGUAUAUUUGAGUCCCACAUCUUGGUGUCUUAUCCACUUCAGUCUCAGCUCCCUUGGCUAGAAAAUUUAAUGGGCUUUGCACAAAUUCCAAGCCGAACUGAAAUCCCGACUGCACUGUUACUAUCCUUUUCUUCUGGUUGUUACUAACAGGAAAUUCAAUGUCGUCAGAAGACCUGGAAGCCCAGGAGGAUGAACUAUUGGCCCUGGCGAGUAUUUACGAUGCAGACGAGUUUAGAAAAGCAGAGUCUGUCCAAGGUGGAGAAACCAGGAUCUAUCUGGAUUUGCCGCAGAAUUUCAAGAUAUUUGUGAGCGGCAAUUCAAAUGAGUGUCUCCAGAAUAGUGGCUUUGAAUACACCAUUUGCUUUCUGCCACCACUUGUGCUGAACUUUGAACUGCCACCAGAUUAUCCAUCCUCCUCCCCACCUUCAUUCACACUUAGUGGCAAAUGGCUGUCACCAACUCAGCUUUCUGCUCUCUGCAAGCACCUAGACAACCUGUGGGAAGAACACCGAGGCAGUGUGGUGCUGUUCGCCUGGAUGCAGUUUCUUAAGGAGGAGACCCUCACCUACCUGAAUAUUGUCUCUCCUUUUGAGCUCAAGAUGGGGCCUCAGAAAAAAGCCCAGAAAAGGACGACGGCUCAGGCCUCUUCCAGCACAGAGCUAGGUUUUGGAGGAGCUGCUGGAGCCGAUGUAGACCAAGAAGAAGUUGUGGAUGAGAGAGCUGUGCAGGAUGUAGAAUCAUUGUCAAGUCUGAUCCAGGAAAUCUUGGACUUCAAUCAAGCUCAGCAGAUGAAGAGCUUCAAUAGCAAAUUGUUCCUGUGCAGUAUCUGUUUCUGCGAGAAGCUGGGUAGUGAGUGCAUGCACUUCUUGGAGUGUAGACAUGUGUAUUGCAAAGCCUGUCUGAAGGACUACUUUGAAAUCCAGAUCAAAGAUGGCCAAGUUAAAUGCCUCAAUUGUCCAGAACCAAAGUGCUCUUCGGUGGCUACUCCUGGUCAGGUCAAAGAGCUGGUGGAAGCUGACUUAUUUGCCCGUUACGACCGCCUCCUUCUCCAGUCUACCUUGGAUCUAAUGGCAGAUGUGGUCUACUGCCCCCGUCCAUGCUGCCAGCUGCCUGUGAUGCAGGAGCCUGGCGGCACCAUGGCUAUCUGCUCCAGCUGCAAUUUCGCCUUCUGUACCUUGUGCAGACUGACCUAUCACGGGGUCUCUCCAUGUAAGGUAACUGCAGAGAAAUUAAUAGACUUACGAAAUGAAUACCUACAAGCAGAUGAAACUACUAAAAGGUUCUUGGAACAGAGGUAUGGCAAGAGGGUGAUUCAGAAGGCCCUGGAAGAGAUGGAAAGUAAAGACUGGCUGGAAAAGAACUCCAAGAGCUGCCCCUGCUGUGGGACGCCCAUACAGAAGCUGGACGGCUGUAACAAGAUGACCUGUACGGGCUGUAUGCAGUACUUCUGCUGGAUCUGCAUGGGUUCUCUCUCCAGAGCCAACCCUUACAAACACUUCACUGAUCCCGAGUCCCCAUGCUUUAACAGACUGUUCCACGACGUGGAUGUUAACGGGGACGUUUGGGAAGAUGAAAUUGAAGACUAGUUCAUUCCUCUGCUCAACAUACAGAAAUGGAAUGUUUGCCCCAAUCUUCUGUCAAGUACACAAAGAAACCUUGCGAGAUAUUUAGGGUGCCAUAUAUUCACUCUUCCUGUGGAGAAGGAAGGACAGGGUUGAUAUUUUUCUUUGGUACUACUGAUUAAGGCACACACAUUUUUUUUCCAUGUAACAUAAUUCUGAUAAAAUUAUAUGCCAAAGGUUCAGAAAUGCAAACUAUAGUAGAUUAAAUAUUAUAAUAUGCCCAAACUGUGGAUAGUUAUAAAGUGAAUAUUUAUUUUCUUCCCCAAGCUUUAGGUUAGGGAGAGGGUCAAGAGUUAAACUUUGAGACUGUGUCCAGGAAGGCUGACAUUGAGAGCCUGAUCUGGCUACACACUGCUUGCUCUUCCCUGAGUUCUCUGUGGAGGGCCUUCCACUCUGUGACCGACCAGAUGUCCCAGUGUCCUUCUGACGCUCCACUUUCCAAAUAGAAAUUGACAAUAAAUUUUAAAAGACUUUAGUCCCACAAGCCCCGUGGGUCACUUGAUGUUUAUGAAUGGCGUGUUGAAUCCACCGGUGUAGAACCAAAUGCAGAAUGAGUGCAUCUGGCUUGGGGCCCCCUCCUGCUCACCUGGGGAGGAAAUUCAGAGUCAGAGCUGUCUGUCAUUUUGUUCUCCACUUCCUCCCUCUGCUCUCCUGCCUUCUGUGGGCAAGGGCCGCUGGUGUCAAUUGCAACAGUGUGUGUUUUCAUCUCCUCUGCUGGAAUAGGAAAGAGCCCAGCUUAUUCCUCAGAUGAAUGUUCUCUGGACCUGUGGACAGACAGCACCAUGGUUCUGGCCCCAACCUUCUGAACAUUCAGGUCUUCUCUAACCACCUAUAGGAAUCGGGCUUCCUACACUCCCGGCUUAGACAGCCGAGUUUGGGAUGAUAAUUGUAGCUUGAUAGCUGGAUUCCUAUUUUUGGGUUUUAUUGGCUUUUUGGAAAACUGUCUUCCUCAUGAUUCUGUAAGUGGCUUAGCAGCCACUGGGUGGAUGUUUUGAAAAGGACAGUAAUUGACUUGCAUCUUGUGAACAUGUGUUUUCUACUUUGACACUGAAAAUUAAGGAAUUGCUUAACUGUCAGCACAGACUGCUUCUGGAUUGUCAGUGAGGAUGCUUAAUCUUAAAAAUAAAAAUAAAAAUAAUUUAAAAUUCAUCUUACAGUUGA